AAACGCGGUGCUGGAACACACGUCAACCACUGCAACAGCAUCAUCAUCAUCAUCAUCAGCAGCAGCUACUGCACACAGGCGGCAGCACCAGGGCACCGAGGAGCCGCAGACCGCUCAUUCUUAAUUAUACCACUGCGGAUGCGACCGUCCAGGAGCCGAAUGCGCCAAUUAUCUCAGGGGGACGGACGCGCCGCCGCGCGCCAUAGCGGCUCCGCCGUCCAAUCAAAGAGCGCUGAUUGAGACAGAGGCGCUUCUCCGCGGACGCCGGACGCGUUCGUCUCUUCUUUACGUAAUGUUUUUUGCGUAAUUGUUUCGGGGGGGGGGGAGGCUUUGGACGCCGCGUGGAUCCCGGAUUAUUUUGGCGAGGACGUCUCCCGCGCGCUCCCUCCUCGUCCGCGGCAGCAGACGCUCGGGCUCGGGCACGCGGAGGCUGGUCCGUGCGGCGGCGCCGCGGAGACACGAGGCGCCGUUUUGAUGAACGCUGCCUUCGCCGCGUCGCGACCGAAGUUUCAGCUUUGAAUGCUUGGGAACCCACCCGCUCCUCUCCGAUGCUGUUUCCUGGGGAUGGCAUCGUAGUGAGUCUCUCUGGGAUCUAGAUCACCUGCCAUGUUGGACGCGUUCCCUCGCAGGGGGGGGAGGUGGGCCCUGCUCCUCGCCGCCAGCCUGGCUCUCCUCUGGCUCCCGGGCACCGCGGGCUCUGCCCUCAACUGCCACAAGACGUGCAUCUGCGCCUCCAACAUCGUGAGCUGCUCCAAGAGGAACCUGAGCAGCGUCCCGACGGCGCUGCCGCUCUACACGGCCGUGCUGGACCUCAGCUACAACGAGAUCAGGGGCCUGCGGUCGGAGUGGACCCCGGUCAAGCUCCCCAAGCUCCACAACCUCCUGCUGAGCCACAACGGCAUGGACUUCCUGUCCUCAGAGGCGUUUUUGUACAUGAAGCCGCUGCGCUACUUGGACUUGUCCUCCAACAGCCUGCACCAGCUGGACGAGUUCGUCUUCGACCCAUUGGUCAACCUGGAGGUCCUCCUGUUGUACAAUAACCACAUUUCACAGAUUGACCGCGCAGCCUUUAUUUGCAUGAUCAACCUGCAGAAGCUGUACCUUAGCCAGAACCAAAUCACCCGCUUCCCGGUGGAGUUGGUCAAGGAAAAGUCCCGCCUGGAGAAACUCAACCUCCUGGAUGUGUCCUCCAAUAAGAUCAAGAUGAUGCCCCUCGAGGACCUGCAGGCGUUGCCCGCUUGGAUUAGAAACGGCCUGUACUUCCACAACAACCCGCUGCUGUGCCACUGUGACCUCUACACGCUCCUGGCCCACUGGCACAUCCGCAAGCUCAACUCGGCCGUGGACUUCAAGGACGACUACACGUGCGUCCUGCCCGGCCCGCAGAAGACGCAGGUGGGCGUGUUCGAGCUCAGCAGCGACUACAUGAACUGCAGUACGUUCAAGGAGGCCGACCAGGAGGCCUUCCUGGAGCAGACGCUCACCCUCGCCUGCGACACCAAGCACAGGAACACGACCAAGACCUGGAUGCUGCCCGGAAACGUGCCGGUGGGACCCGGACAGAACCAGACGGCCAACGUGUUGCCGGAUGGGAGGCUGCAGAUUAGUCCGGUGCGGGCCGACGACUCUGGGACCUACACGUGCUUGGCAGUGAGUGAAGCCUUUAAUGAGACCAUCUACAUUGUGCUGAAGGUUCAUAAUUUCACCAUGCAUGGGGGCGGGGACACCCUGAAUACGGCCUACACCACCUUGGUAGGCUGCCUGGCCAGCGUGGUGCUGGUGCUCAUGUACCUUUACCUGACGCCGUGCCGCUGCUUCUGCUGCCCCAACAAGGGCAAGGCCCGAGGCGAGGACAGCAUCCACUCGUCCAUGCUCAGCGUGACGCCGACCCACGAGGACCCAGCGCUCAAGGCCGAGCUCAACAGGCACGUGGCCUUCAUUGACUCCAAAGACUUGCAGGGUCAGAACGGGAAGCUGAACCCCAAUGGGGACGAGGACGACGAAGAGCUGGACGCGGAGGCCGGCUCCCUCAUGAAGGGGAGGAGGAAGAAGUCGGUAGCGGAGUCCAUCAGCUCCGUCUUCUCGGACACUCCCAUGGUGGUCUGAGGUGGAAAUGGUGCAGCGUGAGCCACGCUCUGGUUCCAUCCGCGGCUGUGAACUCGAGGAAGUAAAGGAAGGAAGAAUUGUAAUUGAUGAGCGAAAACACGGAUCUCAAAGGGAUAAAAAGAAAAAACGAACUAUCUUGUUAUAAACAAGGACAAUAAGCAGAACUUUUCCAGCAUUUUAAUCUGUAGCACAUAAAAUUCAUACUGUGAAGGACGUGUAGGAUCUACUGAAGUCUCAUGAGCGGCAAAGGUAGAAAUCUCGUUGAUAUUAGCACUCAGGAAACGAUACAUGAAGAAAUGCACACGACACAAUACACAAGUGCAAAUUAGAUUUGAAAUAAAAAGCAUUCACACACAGAGAACGUCAGAACCGCGGCGGGAUUAUAAUUACACUGAUUAUGAGACCUAGAAUAGAUUGCAUCUUACGCAAAUGUUAGAGCAUAGAUACGUUUGCCCCCCUGCUAUCAGCACCCGUACACCAGGCUCUGAAUACAUGUCAUUAACCUUGAGUCAUCCACCGAGGACCAGCCGUACCAUAAACCCACAUUAUGAGACUGAUUAGCAUGGGCCAGAUAAAAGAACAGACUCAUGGGACCUUCAGUCAUUUAUACUGAGGAAGCAACAGCACCAACAUCAUAUUGCCGGUCAUUCCCAUUUUACUGCAUAGCCAUAAUCAGAGAUGCUCAGAAUGAUCCUUAUUCAUAGUUAUAUGUAUAACAAUAUAACGGAGAGCUUGUUGCUUUGCUAUUUUAAGGGGUGAAUAUACGUAGAUGUAUGGGAUGAAUUUGUAACCCGUGGGUCAAAGUGGUGGCCUCAUCCCCAGUAUAAUUUUAAUUUAAACUUCAGAAGCCUUACACAACGAAAAACACAAAAUGCCUCCAGCAGAUACAGGUUAGUAUCGCUACGCACGCCACUACCACAUACAGUACACGGCCCGUUUCAUGGGCCACGGGUCACGAAGGACCUUCUCUUCUUCUCAGUCGCGCCACCGGGAAGUUUAAGGCCAAAUUAAAUAUUCACAUCCGUUCUUUCCUGUACGUGGGCCGUGCACCUUACACAAACCCCCUUUGGUGAGUAGAUGUGCCAGGUUUGAAUAUUUGAUCGUCGCCGAUUUAAAAUGUAGCUGUUUUUAACCUGUGCUCAGUAGAAGGUGGUCGUCGGAUGCCGAUGAUGGGAGAAUUCAAAGGUUGUAGCCGCUGGCAGGAACCCACGGGGGCUCGUACCCUCCGGAGGUUUGCCUCGUUGUCGUCUCUUUGUUUUGUUUUACCCGUGAAUUAACCCAACGUGUCGCUCGCUGUGCAUUUUUCAUCAGGGCCUAAAUCAGAAGACCUGUCUCGGCGUAAACAAGGCUCGAGUGACUCCAUUAAACUGUGCGAUGCGGUGUGAAUGCUAAUCGGAUCUUUUGAUGGGAUUGUUCUGCCUGUGGGUGAGCAGGAGGAGGAUAGGUGUGUUGUGGUGACUCAUCGCCGCACAAAGCUGUUCCCUCUGUACACUGACCACCCCGGUUCAGCCCAGAUGUGUUUGCUUUGCAUCACAAAUGCCUGGAAGCAAUCAGCCAUUCGCUUAGAACCUGAGUCGUCUGUUGGAAAAGUUAGGGAAAAUAUAAAAACACUUUAAAUGACAUGACAUUAUGUUGCCAGUUUGGGUUAUUUUACGCAAAAAUCUGUGUAAUGUUCACAGUUGCUGUGUGCAGCGCAUGCAUCUCCUGUGUGGGUGAGGGAAAAAAGGAAGUCGCACUUCUGCGAGAGGUGGUGCGUGAAUCAUUCCACGCUCUCGCACUUAGGAAGACCAGGUGGGGAGACGCAGAGCAGCAGCGCUCGAAUGAACGCCGCAUUUAGCCGCGCGGCAGACUGGCUGCAGUUGGCGAAGAAUCUGUCCCAUUUUGGGGACAGAUUUUUGGCUCUAAAUUUGAUCCUCUAGCAUUAAAAUAUGUGGUUUUCCUGCUGUCACGGAGUGGGAGCACGAAGCCUGGCGCGUUGAGGCUGCGUGUGAGCCUGAAAUGGAAAGUCAUGCACAUCGUGUCCAGUGUAGGUCAAACUAAACGUAGGUAAUGGAGGGGGCGGGGUCAGUGGACUGUCACUCAAAAUGUGUUUUCAUUUGUACAGAAAAAGACUAAGUGCUAUUCUGAAGGUCCUAGAGGUUGUAGAGAAGAGUGGCUUUGUUCCCUCCAAAGCGAAUCUGCCUUCCUAUAUAUACCUAUAUAUAAAUAUAUAUAUAUAUACAGUGAAUAUCUAUGUAUUAAGACUCACUUCUCUGUGUUCAGUAUUGAUUAGUUAUGUGCUGCUAUGUUCUACCAGUGUACUUACUGUGUUUCUGUAUAACCCGACGUUGUUGAUCAGUUUGCAUUUCAUCUGCCGCCGUGCUAACGUUAGUUGUUCAAAGUUGACGUUCGAGUCUUGACAUAAAUGUUUAUUUUUGAAAACGGGCCGGGAUUUAGUUUUUUAUGGAACGAGGGGUGCGUUUCACGCUCGAGUCGGCUGAAGGACGUGGUUCAACUGAAGAGCGUGGCCGGAUGUGAUAUCAGAGGGCAGUGAGUAUGUAGCCGCCAAUCAUUUUCAGCCAGUGUUUGACUUUCCUCACUAAGCCAUAAGGAAGAAAUAAGGAGAAAGUAGCGUGCUUUAUUAUUAGUGGCUGUCAGUUGUAGGUAGGCAGGUUCUGCAACAGAUAAUCUUAGACUUCUGCGUUUGAGAAAGCAUUUUUUUAUAUAAAAGCAAUUUAUCCACCACCAAUACCAGGAACCAACCUGAAGACAGAGUGUAAAUAAAUCUCCUCAGGACCACAUCAUCUCUACGUUAGACUCUAAUAAGACGUUAAAAUGUAAAAUAUUUGCCUUUUUAAAAGACAUGCUUUUUGCAUUUUUAGCAACAGUAACUCAAAAUCUUGCGUUUGCAGUAAUGGGACGUGAACUGCUCCCUUAAUAAUCCGUUCUCGCUGCUUCUUAAUAGGAGCAGUUACGCGGACAUCCUUGAGGUGGUGGAACUAAAAGCACACUGCUUCUAUACAGUAACAUGCUCCUACAAGUGUCCACUGUACACAAAUGGAGCUUUUAACGGCAUCAAAAGUGCAGCUCGGUCACGGAGCUGCUCAGUCACUGCCAUAAAAUCUAAAAGGCCUCAGCUGAAGGGGGAAUGGCUUUGCAUGGUUUGCUUCUGAAUGCAGGAUAAUGUAAGCGCAACCCACUAGGCAUUAAAAAUGAAGAUAAUGAGAAAUCAUUUGACCUAAUAAAAGAGUAAGAUUUA